CGAAAGAAAACGACUAUAUCUAGGCUCAAUGCCAUGCGUGCUUCCGGGAAACCAAUAACGGUGCUUACAGCAUAUGAUUACCCCACUGCGUUGCGCUCUGAGGCUGCCGGCAUUGACAUGAUUCUCGUGGGUGACUCCCUUGCUCAAGUCGCGCUCGGAUACGAUUCCACCACACGGUUGACGUUAGAAGAAAUGAUACAUCACUCCAAAGCUGUCGCACGCGGGACGAAGAGCGCUUUUCUCGUAGUGGAUAUGCCCUUUGGGACGUAUACCACCGGCGUACGAGAUGCCGUCGCGAAUGCAGUGAGGCUCGUGAAAGAGGGUGGUGCGGAGGCCGUAAAGAUGGAGGGUGGGGAGGAAAUCGUCGGACUCGUGAAAGAGAUGACAAGGAUGGGAAUUCCAGUAAUGGGUCAUAUUGGACUUAUGCCACAGAGGCAUACAAUUAGCUCGGGGUACCGCGUUCAAGGGAAAUCAGCUGAAGCAGCCCUUUCACUCCUUCAAAGUGCC